AUGGGACUCCUCUUUUCCCUCCCUCUUGCAGGCGUUCUUGGGUCAGUAGGUACAUCAUGCCUAGCGGGCCUUGCGUUUUGCUUCACCUCGACUGCAGCGUCCAUGUUCUGCAAGUCCUGCAACUGCAAUUCUUCUAUUGCUACUCGUGUCGGCUUCGCCAUUAUAUUCUGCAUCAAUUCCAUGCUGGCGUGGUUAAUGAGAACAGACUUCGCCAUUAAACAGAUCGAGAAAUGGAGUUAUGACUACAUCAAGAUGGAUUGUGCUGGAGAUAAAUGUUAUGGAGUUCUAGCGGUUCAUCGUAUCUGUUUCGCCUUGACGCUGUUCCACGCAAUCCUGAGUUUGUCUUUGAUUGGAGUCAAGGACACCAAGGACAAACGGGCCGCAAUACAGAAUGGGUGGUGGGGACCAAAGGUCCUGCUAUGGCUGGUUCUACUGGUUCUAUCCUGGUUCAUCCCUAACCAAUUCUUCAUGUUCUGGGGCAACUACGUGACCCUCAUCGGUGCAACCCUCUUCAUCUUGCUCGGACUAAUACUUCUUGUCGACUUUGCCCAUUCGUGGUCAGAGACCUGUCUUGACAACUGGGAGAAUGCUUCAGACGGCUCCAACCUUUGGCAAUGGAUUCUGAUCGGAUCCACUGCGCUCAUGUAUGUUUUUACAAUCACCCUUACUGGAAUACUUUAUGGCUUCUUUGCCGGAUCAGGUUGCACAUUGAACCGUUUCUUCAUUUCCUUUAAUCUUGCCCUUUGCAUCAUCAUCACCAUAAUGUGUGUUCACCCGGUCGUGCAGGAGCACAACCCUCGUUCUGGGCUAGCGCAGUCUGGCAUGGUCGCGGCAUACUGUACCUACCUCAUAGUUAGUGCUAUAUCGAACCAUGCGCACGAAAAUUCAUCGUGCAAUCCACUCAGAAACGGAAGCACAACCGCUACAGGGACCCGUACGACUACCGUGAUCCUUGGUGGCCUGUUUACAUUUCUGGCAAUCGCUUAUUCCACAACCAGAGCUGCUACGAACAGCCGGGCACUUGUCGGGAAGAGGAAGAAUGUUGGAGCCGUUCAUCUCGAGGGACCAGAUGAAUUUGAUGGUCAUGCUGAAAUGGGAGUUGUCAAUACCCAGCCUAGCCGUACUGAAUCUCCGAGAUAUCAGGCAUUGCUAGCCGCAGUAGAGGCUGGUGCUAUCCCAGAAUCUGCGCUUCAUGAAGAAGAAGAGUCGGAUGAUGAAGAUGAAGUCGUAGGCGAUAAUCGCGAUGACGAACGCUCGGGGACCAGAUACAACUACUCAUGGUUCCAUGUCAUUUUCGUCAUGGCGGCGAUGUAUGUUGCGGCGCUGCUAACGGACGCAAAUGUUGUCUCCAAGAAACCUAUCAAUGGUCCAACUGACCCUAACAGUGAUGUUUACAUUGGUCAAUCGGAAGUAGCAAUGUGGAUGCGUGUCGUCUCUAGCUGGAUCUGUAUACUUCUGUAUAUGUGGAGUUUGCUUGCCCCUGUUCUCAUGCCUGACAGGUUCAGCGAUGUGUAG